AUGACACUAGAGGACCUCGCCGGAUUCCUCCUUGUUGAUAUGCCUAUCUAAUGUAGAACCUGGAGAUUAUGGGUCAGGACGUAAUUCAUGAUGGUAACCUUUACUGAAAGACAUACACUAGUGGGAAGAUAAAUUUUCAGUCUGUAAAAAGGGUACGAGUGAUAAGCUCCAAUAUCAUCAAAGAACAAGUGAUAUUGACUCACGUGCCUAUUAGUGAUUCAUAUGAUAUUGAUAUGCUCUUUGUUGUGUUCCUUGCCUGGUGUUGUCUAAAAGAGUUGAGAUGGUUUGAUUAUUUGUCAGCUUAAAAACAAUUAUAUGAGUUUCAGUGUCCCAGUUAUAGUUUAAACUAAGAAUUUGUCUAAUUAAACAAUUAAUAAACACACAAAUGUAAUCGAAAAUGCAUAACAAAAAAAUACUCUUUUUUUUCCUUUUAGGUUAAGAUAUGAUUGCUGUGUUAAGAUAUGUCUUGUCUAUGGAGGAAACAUUUUGUUGAAUUUGAAAAUGGAAGACCCUCUUAGUGACGGCUUUAUGUGCAAUACCAUUUAGAUCAUAAAAAUCAAUUUUACCUUCUUCAAAAUUAGAUUGGUGUUAACUCGUAGAUGUUAGAAUAUUUUUGUCAAAUUUCUGCAUUUAAUCCUAAUGACCUGCGUCAUCACCCUGUUUUCGUCAGUUGACUUUCUUCCCAGUUGGAUGACUUAUCAAGGUUUGCUCUUACGAUUACAAAAGUUUGGUGUUUUUUUGCAUUACUAAAGUGUUCUAUAUGAUUUUUUUUCUUUCUUGCUAUAUGUUUUAUGUUACUAUAUAAUGUGUUUCUUGCUAUUUGAGUAAUUGGUUUGCCUCACUUCACAUGUCUUUUCGUUCUGCUUGUAGAAUCAAUUAUUAUUAUGUCCUUCAAUUUAUCCCCUCUUAUUUUUGUGACAUCCAGGUAAAAGAUCUCAUUGAGUACUGCCUUCAGUUGUACAUGAAUCAGAAAGAAGUUAUUCAGACUCUGGAGCUAAAUGCACAUAUCGAACCUGGUUUUACUGAACUUGGUAAACUUCAUGCUUGUAUGUUGCUAAAUGAGGUGGCUGUGUUCUGGCUGAUGGUUGUCGAAUUUACCUAGUGGGCUCCCGGUAUCAAAAAUUAUAAGUAAAAUAAACUUCUCUUCUGAGCCAGAAUAAGAUUUGCUUUUUUGUGUUUUUGGGCUUGAAAUAACAUUGAAAUUGAUUUGAAAACGGCUCUUGGCCCAUUCGCCCCAAUUAGAGAUUUGGACAGCUGUAAGUGUCUGAUGACUUAUCUUUUGCAUAGUCGAGUAUUGAAGGGUUUAUAAAUUAAGAUUUUUUUUCAUUCAUUUUCUUUCCAAUUUAAUCUUAGUACUCUUGGAAAGUUUAAUAUUUGGUCAAAAUUUGAGUUUACAAAUAACUUAGGUUUCUGCUUUCUCAGUCAGUUGAACCUGUGGGUAGCAUGUUUACAUGACAAGUUCUUUUAUUCCUUUGUUCUUACUCAUAAUUCAUAUAACAUUUGCGUUAUCAAUAUAAUUUGAGUACAUCUUGUUAUUAUGAGCUUGAAGUGCUAUAAUCCUGAAAAGAAAAUAAUUAUUUGUCCAAUAUUUACUAAAAAUAUUCGUUAAGAUAAUAAUGGAAUUUGAUCUUCCAACCUUCAAACCCGGACAGCCACAUUUCACCUUAUUACAAAAUAAGCUGAAUGAAGGCACAGUUAUAUUCUAGGUGCCAAACUUUUUGAUAUUUCUUUCUGAACGUAAGCGUUUUUAUAUCAAGGCGUCUUGAUUAUAAAGGUCGAUAUUGUUAUUUUCAUUCAAAUAUAUCUUUCUCCUUUAAUUGGUUGUAAAAAUUGUAUUUGUUUUUUUGUAACUUGGUCCAAAGAAAAGCUGGUUACACAUAGGCCAUGUCAUGUUCAUCAUUUAUUGUCUAGUACAACCCUUCGAAGACAGUAAGUUUAUCAUCAGUUUCAUAUUUCAUCGUGCUGGGAUCACUCUUUUGUGUUACAGUUGCACAUAAGUAAAAACUAGGAAAGAACUUGUAUUGAUUUGUUGGCAAAGCUAACCAGAUAAAAGACAUUCAGUGACGUCUGUACAAUACUAAUCCAAAUUUUUGGUGUAAAUAUUUCUUCAUGAUUUAUUUUCUGAACUGAAUCAUCUUGCAUCUGAUUCUUCCUUCCAGUUUGGCAGAAGCUUGAAGAGGAGAACACAGAAUUUUUCAAAGCAUACAAUUUUAGAUUGAAGGUGAAGAACCAGAUAACCAUGUUCAAUCAGCUGCUUCAGAAGCAGGUUGAUCUCAUGCAUGGCAUGUGCUCUUCCAGUGCUGCUGCCGUAUCACUGUCCAGCGAAUCUAAUUCUUCACGUAUGGCUAUCCUCCUUAUGGCCGUUUUAUUAUUUUAUUUAUUUUUAAAUUUUUAAUAUGAAAUUUGUAUCCAUAAUUUAUCUGAUGUCUCGAUUUUAUUAGAUAUUUAGAUAGUGAUGAAAUACACACGAAUUAUUCUAUUAACAUCAUGAUAGUGCUUUCUCAAGGCUCAGAAGUAUUGUUUUAUGUUAUGUUAAUCAAUGUUCUCAAGGACUGGCGUUCAGGAUCUUCACUGGUACAUUGUUAAAAAGUUGACAGUAAGAUUUGUUCAAAAUAAACUGAUUUAUUUUUAUUCUUGUGUGGGAGCGGAUUUUCUUUUUUGUCUAAUUGAGGGAGAACUUGUUGAGAUUAGGCUCCAAACUAUGAGACUGUGCCUACGAGAUCAUGUAGAAUUAAAUAUGCCAAAUCUGAGUAAAACCGGCCGAUGCGGAGUUGGCUAACGCAGUGGCUGAAAAAUGCUUCCUAUCAUCUAAAGGAGGGGGGGGGGGGGGGGGGGGAUUCAAGAUCUUUUCGUCAAUGGGACUAUAGAUUGAAAAGGUAAUACUUCUCAAGGGAGCGAAAAAGAGAGGAAGAGUUAAUGAAGAUCAUGCAGUCUGUAUCAGAUCGCCUUCUGCAAGAAAGAUCUCUGAUGUGAAAACAAAUUUUAUUGCUAGAAAAUUAUAAGGCAAUGUCAAACAUCAGAUAAGUGGUUUUUUAAGGAAUACAUUAUCAGUAUUAAAUGACGGAAAUACCCAUUCAAUGGAAGAUGGACACUGGGUAGAAUCACCUAUAGUGAGUCGUCAGGUCUUUAUUGCUUUCACAAAGUUGACUUCACCAUGAUCGAAGAUAUAUCUAUUAUCCAGCAACACCAUGUGCCCUCUUCUUUAUAGAUGUCAAUGUUGGGGGCUGAAAUGUUCUGCUUGGAUACCUGGGUUCUGUCUCAUAGUGUUGGUCGCCUGUUCAAGUUAAUAUCAAGCCUGGUCUUAAAUGCAGAAAAUUUUCAUGUUUGGAUUAUGUAAUUUUGGAUAGUAUGUCCUAAUGAAUCCCUUAACGCUCAAUCUUAAUCCUUUCCCAGUGCAACAGACUCCAUGCUACACUUCAGCCCCUUCCAGACCUGACAACAUAUCAUCUCCUGUUGGCGCUUCUACAACUCUUAUUAACGGUGGGCCACCUUUACUUCAAAAUAUGAGAAUCAACGAUACUACUUCUCUUAGCGAGGGAAGAAUGAACCUGCCAACAAGUUUGCUUUCUACGACUAGUUCACAAAUGACAAUGCUUCAUAGAAUGAAUGGAACAGGAGUUAAGUUGGAACCGGGCUAUUCAGGCACCGCAGAGUUUAUGUUUCAUACUAAUAACGAUUUCUGCCAAGAACGCCCCACUGUAGGAGAUCCAACACUUCCUUCCUUCAUGAGCCCAGUGUUGGAUGCACAAUCAUUGAACGGACCACUCCUCGACACUAAUGCCUCUUCUUUUGGCGGUUUAGGCCAAAUUCCCCAGAAUUUUGGUUUUUCAGAUUUAGCUGCGGACUUCAAUCAAAGUACAGGUUUGCUCAUACAUUUACUAGGAUUGGCCUUAGGCUGCUUUUUUCUUGAAAUUUUAGCCUGAAAAUUUCUUCUUUAUUUUAUUUGAAGAUUUAUUGGAGAGUUUUGGUGGGUCACUGUUCCUUAGCUCUGACUUUAACGGUUUGUCAACUUUAUCUGGAAGGAAAUGCGAAGGUGAAGCUCGAGUAGCUUGUAAAGUUAAGAAUUUUUAUUUUAUCGAUUACCUUUUCCAAUUUUAUUAAAAGGUGUUCUCUUGCUUGAAACAGGAGAAAAUACGAUACUUGACACUGUGUCCGAAGGUGUGAGUAUCGAUGAUUUUAAAAGUGACUAACAUACGGCCUAGUCGGUGAGUCUUGAAUCCCGACAGAAUUUCUGUCAUAUGUUUUUAUUUCUGUGUUAAAAAUUGCUUUAAAUUAUCUCUACACUGUGGGAAUAUCAUGAGAUACCAAGCUUCGUUGAUCCAGCUUGCCAUCUCCACUCUUGAACCGUUGUGAUGAACAAUACGUUUUCACCUUCCGAAGAUCGUGAUUCUGUGUGCUUCCAAGUAGGAAUUCAUUAUCUUUUUACAAAAUUUGAUCAACCAUUAUGAGUUAUCGGCCGUCUGCCUUUUUCUUACAGUAAAACACGAGGUAAUCACCGGACCAAGUUCUUACUACAAAUGCAUUUAAGCUCUUCUGUCAUGUCUCUUGGGAUUCAUCCACUUACCCAUCAUUUGAUGAACAUCGUCAUGUGGUCCAAAGCAACCUCUCCUCCUUCCACGAGAAUUUAGACCCAGAAGCCGUUUUAGUUACCUCCCUUGUACCUUUACUCAACUUUUGGAUAUUUCCAAUCGAUACCAGGCUCUUUUUAGCUGGGAAUGUCAAGAACUGACAAGAGAACUGUCGCAGAGAUUUCCUGGCUUAGAGAAAUAAAACUGUGACAAGAGGCUGUGUCAUAAGCCCCAGCCCAAUGGAGUCCAACUACACUUUCUCUGCAUUACGCAUCUCCAUAGAGUGCCAUAAACAGCAGGCCUUCCUCUGAUGGAACUAAUCAGUAGAAUCAAUUGCCUUCCUGUUUGUGACUUGUUCUCCUUUUAGUAGUUCUUAAUUUUGAAUGGUUCCCCUUUAUUUCUGUAUUGUAGCUGACGAACUUUCCAUUCUCUUCUUGUCCUGCGUGAAUUCCCUUUUCUCUUGGCACAGAUCCCAGAUUCUCGGGGUUUAUACUGGAUCCAUCCAAACUAGCAUGUCUCCGGCCUUCAGCGUUUGGUGCUACUACAUACAAUCUGUCUGAAACUCGGCGUCUUCUGUUGCUACAGUUUCAAACUCUCUUUGGAACGAGCUCCUUGGAGAAGGAUCGAUUGAUCCUUUCUCCGGCAUCUGAAUCACAUGAGUAUAUGGUGUUGGCGUUCAUGUGUCCUCGAGCAGCGGAGGUAUUAUUAACUUGAAAGUAAUUUCAAGUUUACGGAUGUUUAGGGUUUUGUUUCCUGGAUAUACUUCUGUAAUAAUUAUUUGCUGCAUCAAGAACCUCACAACACACGUUUGGCUGCCGUACCAGAUGUAUUCCCUCAACCAUUAACCCCACUGUUCAGAGCGUGA